UCUCUCUCUCUCUCUCUCUCUCUCUCUCUCUCUCUCGGCACAAAUGACUGAUGAGAAGCGAGGCUGCUCUGUUCACCCUUCCCUUCAAUCACUCACAGACGCAGCUCGGUGACAGGAGGUCAUCUUCUCACUCAUUUGUCUCCUCAUCCUCAUUGCUUCUUCGACGGACUGCUUAACUUUUCACCUGGACAAAGUGACAGAAAGGUGGCAUCUUUGAGCGGGUCACUAUGAAAUGGGAGAAGCUGAAGCCUCCAGAGCCGGAUGAUCCUAUGUGUUGUUGUGAAUGUGAUACCUACAAGUACAGGUGUUGCUGUGACUGUGAAGACCUGGAUGAAGCUUUCAGUAGCUGGCUGAAGGAGAAACCCCCUUCCUGUGGGCUUCAGUCGCCUGUGUUUGAGACCAUGAUCGACAGCCUGGAGAUCUCCAUGAUCCCGGCCCUGCUUCUGCUGCCUCUCCUGCUGAGAGCUGCGGCUCUGCACUACCUGCUGGGCGCCGUCAUCCUGACGGCUCUGCCGGGCCUGGUGCUCUCUUACUACCACACCACCCACCGCAGGAAGAGGCGCACCCUCUUCUUCCUCACCCUGGCGCUGUACUCUCUGGCCUACAUGUAUUAUCUCUUCGUCACGGAGAUUCUGCCCCGCGGGGACGUCAGCCCCCUGCAGACGUGCGCCGUGACCACGGGGAUGAUUCUCACCGUAGCUUCCCUCGUUCACACCAAGAGAGGUCCGGGGUUCGUCACCGCAUCUCUGCACAAAGCAAACCCAACUCAUUCUGAUGGAUCUAUUCAGUCCACAGCCUCGGGAGAGACAGGGCCACAGUCCGCAACCGAAAAAUGGACCUUGUGUCCUGUGUGCAAAAUAAUGCGACCCCCGCGCGCCGGACACUGCAGAACCUGUGGAUCAUGUGUUCAGCGUCUGGACCACCACUGCGUCUGGAUAAACAGCUGCGUGGGACAAGCCAAUCACCGCAGCUUCCUGCAGACCCUCUGUGUGUUUGUGCUGACCUCCGUGUACGGGAUCGGUUUGGUGCUCCGCAGCCUCUGCCCCCGUCAGUCUCUGAUGACGGCCCUGUUCUACUGCCCCGGCGUCUACAGCCAGCCCAGCACAGCCCUUUGCUUCACCUGCUGUUGGUACAGCACCAUCAUCACCGCUGGACUGUUCUACCUUCUGGUGGCCCAGGUUGUGAGCAUCAGCUUCAACGUGACGGGGCGGGAGGCUCAGCUGGCUCUGAGGAACAAGAAGGGCCAGAGACGCCUGUGGGGAAUCGCCAUCGACACUGGAGAGUAUUCGCGCGGCUUCUAUCGGAACUGGGUUGAGUUCCUCACCAUGACAGAUUCCUCUGCGUCUUUGCACUCCAGCCCCACCGACUUGGUCUAGGUUCACGUCAGACCCUCGAUGCAGUCUACGGCGCCUUGAGCCCACUGGUGUGAGCCUGACAGUAUCUUUGGCUUGCAAAAGCUUGCAGGAGGGAUGUAAAGGUUCUGGUGUUUUAGAAAAAAAAAAAAAAAAAAAAAAAAGCACACACUAAUGCAUGUUUUUGAGUUUGAAUUUGUCGCACAGGCGCUCUGCUCUUGGUUGUGAUUGGAAGAAAGAAGGUGUAGCCAUUGUGCAAUUUAUUAGCAUAAAGCAAACAAUGGAUUAUGUACAAAUCCGCGGGAGUUUAUAGUCAAGUAAAUGCAUGCUUCAGAAGCAAAAAUAAAAUAAAUAAAAAUUUAAAAAAA